AUUGUUUGCUAACGACUUUUGGUUAAACUCCGGUACCGAAUGACGGUUUGUUCCUCUGUAACUGCAGUUUGACCGUCUAAACGGAGGAAACGUGUCUAUAUCCCAUGACUGCGAUGACGUGUAAACUGAACGGCCUGUUCAGCAUUGGAGAGGACUUUGAUGAUGAGGAUCUCCUGGCGACAGACUGGGCUGCCUGCUCGGCGUCUGGACCAGGCGAUGUGGCAGCUGCUGUGUCCCCCUGCGCUCUGCGUGCUUCCUCUGUAGCUCACCGAGAGCCGGAGAAAAUUGGCGCUCAGCAGGCCGGAGAGGGAUCGGCCUCGGCUUGUAAUGGCACGGCAUCAAGGAGCAGCACGCACACUGCUGCCGGACAAACUGUUGCUGCUUUGGGCUUGAGGCAGUUCUCCACCUCUUCCUCCUCUUCCUCCUCUCCGCAUCCUCCCACGUCGAGUCACUCAGGUCCUGGUUUGGCGCCGCAGCAGAGGGACGCUGCUGUCCAUGUGCCGCCGGCGCCCUGCGCGGCUCAGGAUGAUUUUGAUGACUGGGAUGUUGACCUGGCAGAUCUGGAUGAGUGUGAGAGCCAGAUGGGACAGCCGCCUCCUCCUCCUGCCCCGGUUGCGGCCGUGUCCACAGCCCAGCCUUCGUCUUCUGCCAAAAUGCUGCGACCUUCGUCCUGUAGAGGCAUUCCGACGCCGCCCAGUCGGGCCUCAUGCAGCACCGCCUCAUCCAGCCAUCAUCCGUCUCCCCGGGGUUUCUCUGUUCCUCAGGCGCCACCUCCAGAUCCCCGCCCCUCUCCCUCCGCCCGCCCUGGCCUCAGUGCCACUUCUUCCAUUCCCAGGACUGCUCACAGGCCUCAGGAGCCACACAAGCCCUGGACGGCUCCUCGGCCCCCCCCUCAGACUCGCGGCCUCUUUGAGACGGUCUCCCCGGGGCCCGCCCCCUCCCCCGCCCUCAACCCUCAUCCCCUUCACACGCCGGUCCUCACCAACCGUCUGGUCCAGCUGGUGUCGGCCUCCAGUAAGCUGCCUCGGAAGAGGCCUCGAUCUGACUCCCAUCAGCCCCGGACCCGGCGGUUCCCCGGCCCCGCCGGGCUGCUGCCGCAUCAGCCUCAGGACCUGAACCUGGACCAGAUCGUGGUUUCGGCUCCUCCGACUCCUGCUCACGGGGUGAUCGCUCGACUGCCCAGUCAGGCUUCCAGCUCGCAGACCGAGGAGGAAGACUUCAGCGGCGGCCCCUGGGCGGCCAUGAAGGCCGACAUGGGCCUGGACGAGAGGAACCCGUCCUGCUUCCUGCACUCCUACAGCGUGGUCAUGGUGCUGCGCAAGGCCGCUCUGAAGCAGCUGGCGAGGAAUAAGGUUCCCAACAUGGCCGUGCUGCUGAAGAGCAUCAUCCACACGCAGGCGGACGCCAAGGCUGUGUUUAAAGACCCGACAGGGGAGAUCCAGGGAACGGUGCACCGGCGUCUCCUAGAGGACCGAGCAGAGGAGCUGAAGGUCGGAGCCGUGCUGCUGCUCAAACAGGUGGGCGUGUUUUCCCCCUCCCAUCGCAAUCACUACCUGAACGUGACUCCCAACAACCUGCUGAGGAUCUACGCCCCCGACGGAGUGAGCUGCUCCUCUUCCUCCUCGUCCUCCUCCUGGCUGGACCCGGCGAGCGUUCAGCCCUCCGCCCGGCCCGCCGGCGCCCCCCGGGGGCCGGUGUCCCAGAUGAUGCUGAUGUUCGACGAGGACGAGGACGACGAGGGGAGAGAAGGGCGGAGGAUCAGAGAGCCGGCGGCGGCCACAUCGCAGCACUCGGAGUGGGAUGCAGAUGACGACCUGGACGAGCUGCUCGGGGAGCUGCCGGAGGAAUCCUACGCCCUUUGACCCCUCACCACAGACUCUCUGCCUUUCUGUCCUGACAACACCGAAUAGAACUCUGGAACCUGCAACAAGAAAAGAUUCCUCGAAUAAAGCGUCAGCUAAGGAUGGAUUCUCGCCGCAUAACGGCAGUCGUUUGUUGUCGCGGUUCUGCAUCGGCGGUGAUUGAUGUGUCGCUCGCAACCGGCACAUGCUCAUUAAUUAAUUACAGAAAAUCAGCCUUGUUUGAUAUCCGCCCGGCGCCGCUACGGGCUUUAAUGAGCUGCGUGUUAAAGCGCUUCCAGUCACUCCUCUUUUUAUUCUCCUCCGCCGCCGCCGCUUCUCCCGGCGACCUUGAAACAGUCGCGGCGCGCGGCAUCGAUUCGCUAAUUAUGCAAAGCGGGAGCGAGGUGGGGCUUCUCCGAGUGCCGCUCUCUGUCCUCGGUCUCCAUCUCCAGUCACGUCGGAGGGCGGGGGGGGGAAUGAACUUCCUCGGCCGAGCUUCAGGAAGAAGUCCCAGGUGGCGUCCCCCUGACCGGAGAAGUGUUUACCCAGCAUCGGAGCGGAGUUGCUCCCUCCUUUGGGGGUUUUCCCAGCAGGGUUUCAUCCUCAGAUCCACACUCCUGCAGCAGCCCGGCCUCCCGGGAGCAGAUUCAGGUUAAUCCUCAGACUCUCUGUCAGCGUCGUCGGGAUCCUGCUGCUGCUCGGAUUUCUGCAUUCUGCACAACAAACCGGAAAGAUUCUGCUCUCUGCUGGAUAAAACAAAGACAUUUACAGUAUGAAGUGUAUUUGCACAGUUUGAUCUUCAUACACGUCAGGCUGGGUGGAUGUUAUGUUUCUCUGUCGACAGGUUGAAGGUCGUUUGAAGGUGUUUUUGUUCUCAGGCAACAAAAAGCUUUUUUUGUAUUGUGUAAGCUGGAAACAUUUUUCAAACGGUUUGUAAUUGUGUUAAAAUGUGUGGAAUCGCAUAUAUAAUUGUUACUUUUGCCAAGUAUCACAGAUUCAAAGAUGGAGUCCACUACGUGACAAAAAAAAAAU